AUGAGUUCUACGUCUUUAGAUAAAAGGAAUUUAAAAAGUUUAUUAAAUCCAAAAAAUUUAAACCUUCUGAGAAGUAUUGGAGGUCUAUAUGGGCUUCUAAAAGGUUUGCAAAUGGACCACAGAACCAGUCUAAGCAGCGAUGAAGUGAUUCUUCAGUCAAAUAUAAUGGAUCAGGAUCACAUAGAAUUCGGGAAACCGUCAACACCAGAUCAAGGUUCAGAUGCAAAAGAAGAUAAUUCAAAGAGUACUUCGUCCCUGAAGAUCGCUUCCGAAAUUUCGAAAGAGGGUACCCAAUUUUAUCAAAGGAUAUGUGUUUUUGGGAGAAACGUGUUGCUGAUGACAAUAGCUGCUGCAAUCUCACUGGGUUUAGGUUUGUACGAAGAUUUUGGUACCAAAAAGAAAGUGGUGGAUGGUGUGGUGCAACCAAAGAUUCAAUGA